AGAGAGAGAGAGUGACGAACAACACCGUCGAACAAUGUCGAAGCGAGGACGUGGAGGUUCUGCUGGGAACAAGUUCAGGAUGUCACUGGGUUUGCCGGUGGCGGCAACUAUUAACUGUGCCGAUAACACUGGUGCAAAGAACCUUUACAUCAUUUCGGUGAAGGGUAUCAAGGGAAGGCUGAACAGGUUGCCUUCAGCUUGUGUGGGUGACAUGGUUAUGGCCACUGUGAAGAAGGGUAAGCCUGAUCUCAGGAAGAAGGUUAUGCCUGCUGUUGUUGUUCGUCAGCGCAAGCCGUGGCGCCGAAAGGACGGUGUUUUCAUGUACUUUGAAGAUAAUGCUGGUGUAAUUGUGAAUCCCAAGGGUGAAAUGAAGGGAUCUGCCAUUACUGGUCCCAUCGGGAAAGAGUGUGCUGAUCUUUGGCCAAGGAUUGCAAGUGCUGCCAAUGCUAUCGUUUAGUUUGAGAAUUGUGUUUUCCAAUAGUUUAUUUGAGUUUUUGAAUAUCAGGGAGUUCUUUUCUUGGUAAGAAUUAUUAGUGCAACUGGCUAUGAGAAUUUUGCUGUA